AUGUUUGAGACCGCCAAGGACUUGACCAUUGAGGCUGCCGUAUCAGCAUCGGCGAGACUAGCUGAUACUCCAAGCUCAGCUCGACCAGCUGAGAUUUCCAAAUUAUUAAAUUCAAGAAUCGAGAAAGACGUUUCCAAUGGUAUGAAAUGUGUUAUAUCCAUGAUGUCAAGAGAUGAUAAUGCUUUACCAUAUUUUGCCGAUGUGGUGAAGAAUAUAACGUCCAAUAAUGCAAAAGUGAGGAAUAUGGUGAUGAUUUAUACCACCAGAUAUGCCGAAAUCGAACCUGAUACUGCAUUGUUGGCCAUUAAUUCCAUUCAGAAGGCCCUUAGUGAUAAGAAUCCUAAUACCAGGUCCAUGUCUAUCAAGUCAUUGUCAGCAAUAAGAAUUUCAUCCAUUGCUCCGAUCUUACAAUUGUGUGUUAAAAGGACAGUCACUGAUAAUUCUCCUUUAGUCAGAAGUUCAACAGCCAUAGCUAUCGGAAAAGUCUAUGAAAUCGAUAAACAAGGCUCCAAACAAUUAUUUGAAUAUUUAGCUAAACUACUCGCUGAUACAGAGCCAAUGGUUGUAGGUACGGCCAUCAAAUCAUUUGUAAAAAUCAUGGGACAAACUGAAUUGAGUCAAUGGAAAUGGCUGAUGAUUCAUGGUCAUUAUAGAAGAUUUUGUAAGUUAUUACCAGAGUUCGAUGAAUGGUCUCGAUCCAUAGCGAUUGAUCUUUUAACAGAUUAUGCUAGAUUGUUCUUACCACGUCCAAAAUUAUAUGUAGGCGAAGAAUCCAUAGAUAUUCCUGAAACAAUGAAUGGAUUCCCUGAAGAAUACGAUGUAACAAUGGAUUCAGAUUUGGAAUUAUUGAUUAAUUCCAUGAGUUCUUUAGUCAAAAGUAAUGCCCCAUUUGUAUUAUUCAGUAUUGUCAGAUCAUUAGUAUCAUUAGCACCUUCUAAGACAUUGAAACAAUUCAACAUUCCUACUAUAUUAUGUGCUAUGGCUACCGAUAGUGAGAACACACCAAUCAAUCUUUUUGCCCUUCAAGCUAUUUCCACCAUUUGUGAAUUCGACAAGACACUUUUCCAAUCUCAAUAUCGAAGUUUAUUUAUUUUCCCAUCAGAUUCUGUCGAUGUAGCUAAAACUAAACUAGAUAUCUUAUCUUCAUUGGUCGACGAAUCUAAUGUUAAGUAUAUCAUUGAAGAAUUGAAGUAUAAUGCCAUUGAAUCGUGGGAUUUAUCUGUUGCAAGUGAAUCCAUAAAAGCUAUUGGUCGCUGCUCUCAAGUUUCAACAGAAUGGAAUAGGAAAAUAUUGAAAUGGUGUCUAAAUAACAUCAAAAACGCCAAAGGUGAAGCUUUGAACGAGUUUUUGACAGUUAUAAGGUACUUAAUUCAAGUUCAACAACAAAUGAAAACAAAUGAAGCAACUAAAAACAAGGAAAUUUCCAAGAUCGUAUAUAACUUAUCAUUGAUAUUGAAAGAUUCAACCUUGAAGUUACCAUCUGAUGCCAUAGCAAGUAUAAUUUGGAUUAUAGGGGAAUUCACCAAAGAAUGUGACAACGAAAUAGCUCCUGAUGUGUUGAGAGUUUUACUCAAAACUUUUGCCGAAGAAUCUGAAAAUGUUAGAUACCAAACUUUGAUUUUAGCAUCCAAAUUAUACUCCAUCAGUUUAGAUGAGUACAAAAACUCACAAGGAGACUCUCCUGAACAGAUAGACGAAUUCAAAUCUUCCAAUAUUAUUUCACAGAUGUUCUCAUAUGCCAUAACCCUUGCCAAAGCUGAUCCUUCAUUUGAUACUAGAGAUAGAGCUAGAAUGAUAGACGUUUUGUUGAAUGGGUCCAACAAUCUGACAGAGUUAGCAUCGUUAUUUCUUCAAGUUCCUAAACUGGCACCUAUAAUGUCAUCUUUGACAGCCAACAACGUGCAAGGGAAAGUUUUAGGAAAAUUCUUCAAAGUUCCUGAUUGGCAGGACACUACCACUUUGCCCCCUGCCAGUAUAAGAAAGGAGUUGGCUGUUCAAGAGAAUAAACUUACUGCUUCAAUUGGUAGUAAAGUCACUGCGUCUACCAUAACCAAAAAGAUAGGCGAGUUACCCAACACUAAGCAUUCCGUAUCAUCAUUACAUUAUAAUCCAGUGAAGAAAAAUGAUUACAAGUUGGAGAGUUUAGAUGAUUUCUUUGGUGAUGAACUGGAGGAAGAUCUGGACCUGGAAGAUGUGGACCUGGACCUGGAAGAAGAGGAAGACGAUGAAGAAGACGAUGAAGAAGAAGAAGAAGAAGAAGAAGAAGAAUAUGAAGACGACGAAGUAGAAGAAGAAGAAAAUGACGAAGAUGAAGACGAUUCAGAUUCAAGUGGUAUUCCCCAACAACAAUAUGAAGAAGUUAGCAGUGAUGAGGAAGAACUGAAUUUACUAGAAAAAUAA